AAGCUAAUUUUUAUGAAUUGGCGCUAGUGAUGAUGGGUGAUCUCGAAUUGCAAGCUGUUUUACCAAAAAUCGAAAGUUUCUAGGCCACGAUCAACACAAUAUGGCAGCUCCUGGAUUAUGCCUUGCUCAAAUGAGCAGACUGUCUCUGUCUACAGUCCGACAAACCCUACUCCAUAACCCAAAAACCUCGAUACCAAUAGUCCAAGUCCGACACAAGGGCUUCAAAGAGAGGAUUCUUUCCAAGAAGGAGAAGUCGGGCAUUCUCACCGGACCAACUAAGUCAUUUUCGAAAAAGAAGACCACGGAAAAGAAGAAGAAGAAGCCGAGGACGACAUAUCGACAAUUUGAUCCAAAAGAUGCAGAAACAUUCACGUUGUGUGAUGCCAUGCGGUUAGUCCAGCCUUUCGCGUUCGAUUGACAGGUUAACUCAUGUGGUGUACAGAUAUUUAAGAGCAUUCGAAGUUGGGAGACCCCCUACUUCUUCUAAAUACGAGAUGCAUCUGAAGUUGAAAUCUCUCAAGAACGGUCCAGUUGUACGGAAUCGAUUACGACUUCCACACCCAGUCAAAACCGAUUUGAGGAUAUGCGUUAUUUGCCCUCCGGAUUCGAAAUAUGCGGAAUCGGCUAAAGCGGCAGGAGCAACACUAGUCGGAGAAGAGGAAAUUUUUGAAGCUGUAAAGGAUGGCCGAAUCGAAUUCGACCGAUGUAUCUGUCAAACGGAUUCUCUGGCGAAAAUGAAUAAAGCUGGUUUGGGUAGAGUUUUGGGUCCUCGAGGACUUAUGCCAAGCGCCAAGACGGGUACCGUUGUGAAAGACCCAAGUUUGGUUUUGAAGGAUUUGAUUGGAGGUGCUGAAUAUCGAGAACGUUUGGGUGUUGUAAGAAUGGCAGUUGGUCAACUCGGUUUCACGCCAGAGGAAAUGCAGCGAAAUGUUAAGGCAUUUAUCGAGGCUGUGAAGAAGGACAUGGCACAGCUGAGUGACAAGAUCAGUAAAGAGCUGGUAGAGGUGGUUUUGAGCUCCACAAACGGUCCUGGAUUCGUUCUUAAUGGGGAGUUCAGAGAUCUCAACUCGAGUCUGACCCCUCGAGAUUUAUCGACUUCAUCAUAACAUCACACAUAUCAUGACAUGCACAUUUGUACUUUAACUGUAUAAUGAAGACUCAUUCUAUUAGCUGGGUAUAUU